GCCAGAAGAAUAAUAUGUGCACUGGCAAUUAUAUAUUUGUUCCAUAUAUGAUAACUCCCCAUAACAAAGUCUAUUGCUGUGACAGCAGUUUCAUGAAGGGAUUGACUGAAUUGAUGCAACCCAACUUUGAACUGUUGCUGGGACCAAUAUGCUUACCCUUAGUUGACCGCUUUAUUCAGCUCUUGAAGAUGGCACAGGGCAGCUCAAGCCAAUACUUCAGGGAAUCAAUACUUAACGAUAUCAGAAAAGCUCGUAACUUGUACACUGGGAAGGAAUUAGCUGCAGAAUUGGCCAGGAUAAGACAGCGAGUGGAUAACAUUGAGCUUUUGUCUGCUGACAUUGUGAUAAACCUGCUGUUAUCUUACAGGGAUAUUCAGGAUUAUGAUUCUAUUGUGAAAUUGGUAGAGGCAUUAGAAAAACUUCCAACCUUUGACUUGGCUUUGCAUCAUCAUGUGAAGUUUCAUCAUGCAUUUGCACUGAAUAGACGAAAUCUACCUGGUGACAGGCAGAAAGCUCUAGAUAUCAUGAUACCUCUGGUGGAGCAAGAGAGCCAAGUUGCUUCUGAUAUGUACUGUCUUGUGGGACGGAUCUAUAAAGACAUGUUCUUGGAUUCUGGAUUUAAAGACACUGAAAGUCGAGAUCAAGGUGCUUUGUGGUUCAAGAAGGCCUUUGAGUCAGAACCGUCAUUACAGUCAGGAAUUAAUUAUGCAGUCCUCCUCUUGGCUGCUGGGCAUCAGUUUGAUACCUCUUUUGAAUUACGGAAAGUUGGAGUUAAAAUAAGCAGCCUGCUUGGGAAGAAGGGAAACUUGGAGAAAUUACAAAGCUACUGGGAAGUAGGCUUUUUCCUGGGAGCCAGUGUCUUGGCAAAUGAUCACACAAGAGUGAUCCAUGCCUCAGAAAAACUAUUCAAGUUGAAGACACCAGCAUGGUAUCUCAAGUCCAUUGUGGAGACUAUUUUGAUAUAUCAGCACUUUAAGAAGCUGAAUCCAGAUCAACAAGUAGGCAAAAAUGAACUUGUAGACUUUUGGAUGGAUUUUCUAGUUGAGGCUACAAAGACUGAUGUCUCUGUAAUUAGAUUUCCUGUUUUGAUAUUAGAACCUACAAAAAUCUAUCAACCUUCGUACUUGUCGAUCAACAGUGAGGCUGAAGAGAAGACGGUCUCUAUUUGGCAUGUUAUGCCUGAUGAUAAGAAAGGUAUUCAUGAAUGGAACUUCAGUGCUGAAUCUAUAAGAGGAGUAAGCAUUUCAAAGUUUGAAGAACGUUGCUGUUUUCUGUAUGUACUACACAAUUCAGAUGACUUCCAAAUCUAUUUCUGUACAGAACAUCACUGCAAAAAAUUUUUUGAAAUGGUUAAUAGCAUCACCGAAGAAAUAGGAAAAAACACAGAGGAAGGUGAAUGUGAUGGAGAUUCCCUGGAGUAUGAUUAUGAAUAUGAUGAAAAUGGUGAACGAGUCAUUCUGGGGAAAGGCACUUACGGCAUAGUUUAUGCAGGACGAGAUCUGAGCAAUCAAGUCAGAAUUGCCAUUAAGGAAAUCCCAGAAAGAGAUAGCAGGUAUUCCCAGCCUUUACAUGAAGAAAUAGCUUUACACAAACACCUCAAACACAAGAACAUUGUUCAGUAUCUUGGCUCAUUUAGUGAAGAUGGAUUUAUUAAGAUAUUCAUGGAACAGGUACCAGGAGGGAGCCUUUCAGCUCUUCUGAGAUCAAAAUGGGGACCAUUGAAAGAUAAUGAACAGACUAUUGGUUUUUACACCAAACAGAUUCUUGAAGGAUUAAAAUACCUCCAUGAUAAUCAAAUUGUGCAUAGAGAUAUAAAGGGGGAUAAUGUUCUUAUCAACACAUACAGUGGAGUGUUAAAGAUUUCAGAUUUUGGAACAUCAAAGAGGCUUGCUGGAAUCAAUCCUUGCACUGAGACUUUCACAGGUACUCUUCAGUAUAUGGCACCAGAAAUAAUUGAUAAAGGACCAAGAGGUUAUGGAAAGGCUGCAGAUAUCUGGUCCUUAGGCUGUACAAUUAUUGAAAUGGCUACAGGAAAGCCUCCAUUUUAUGAACUAGGAGAACCACAAGCAGCCAUGUUCAAGGUUGGAAUGUUCAAAAUACACCCUGAGAUUCCAGAAUCCAUGUCAGUGGAGGCAAAAGCUUUUUUGCUGAGAUGCUUUGAACCUGAUCCAGAUAAGAGGACCUGUGCUAAUGAGCUUCUUGUAGAUGAAUUCUUAAAAGUUACCAGCAAAAAAAGAAAGUCGCAGUCAAAACUAACAGCUCUCUCAGCUGGAUCAAAUGAAUAUCUUCGAAGCAUAUCCUUGCCUGUUCCUGUACUGGUAGAAGACACAAGCAGUAGCAGUGAAUAUGGUUCAGUUUCACCUGACAAUGAGUUGAAACUUGACCCCUUCUCCUUUAAAAUGAGAGCCAAAUCCUGUGGUGAUAAGGAAGGGAAAGGACUUAGGUCUCUUUUUCUAAGCAUCCCAGAUGAAAAUUUUGAGGAUCACAGUGCUCCUCCCUCACCGGAGGAGAAGGAUUCUGGCUUUUUUAUGCUAAAAAAGGACAGUGAGCGAAGAGCGACCCUUCACAGAAUUCUAACCGAAGACCAGGAUAAGGUAGUGAGAAAUCUGAUGGAAGCCUUAGCUCAGGGUCCUGAAGAGCCUAAGUUGAAAUGGGAACACAUUACAACUUUAGUUGCUAGCCUCAGAGAAUUUGUAAGAUCAACAGAUCGCAAAAUCAUUGCAAAUACACUUUCAAAGCUGAAACUGGAGCUGGACUUCGACAGUCAUGGCAUUAGCCAAGUUCAGUUAGUACUCUUUGGUUUCCAAGAUGCAGUGAAUAAAGUUCUACGAACACAUAAUAUUAAACCACAUUGGAUGUUUGCGCUGGAUAGCAUAAUCCGUAAAGCUGUGCAGACUGCUAUUACAAUUUUGGUACCUGAGUUGAGGACACACUUCAGCUUAGCAUCUGAGAGCGAUAAUGCAGAUCAAGAUGAGAUUGAAGCUGAAGAGGAACAUGCUCCUGACACAGCUGUUCAGGUUCCUUGCCUUGUAUUGGAUGAUGCGGUAGCUACCUCAGGAGUGAGCACCCUGAGUUCAACAGUAUCUCACGAUUCUCAGGCUGCCCAGAGAUCUCUGAAUGUUCAACUCGGGAGGCUGAAAUUGGAAAAUAAUAGAUUACUAGAAGAGCUAGUGCAGAAGGAAAGAGAAUUUCAAGCCCUCCUUCACCAUGCUAUAGAAGAAAAAGAACAGGAGAUCAAGCAUCUGAAGCUUAAGACUCAACCAAUAGAUAUUCCUGGCCUGUCUGUCUCUCACUUUAGUACACAAAAUAGAGAAACUGAGGAUCCAGAUCUUAUUAACUGGCUGAGAAUUCAUGGUGCUGACAAGGAAACUAUAAACAGGUUUCUAGCAGAAGAAUACACACUGACGGAUGUACUCUGCUAUGUUACCAGGGAUGAUUUAAAAUGCCUUAGACUCAGAGGUGGGAUCAUAUGCACGCUGUGGAAGGCAAUCUCUGAUUUUCGAGAGAAGCACACUUGCCCCUGAGCAGAGGCAAUCUUCCAUCUCAACACAAAACAGGAGCUUUCCUGGAAGAUUCCUCCCCCCU